AUGAAGGAAGUACAUUGUGUUAUAUUUCUUGUUCUUGUUUCAGUUUCAUAUGCAAAAGUAACGAAACCUAAUACUGAUAACUUCCUCCGAUGUCUUCUUUCUCGGACAAGUCCAGAGAAUCCGAUCACCGACACCAUCUAUACACCUAAUAACUCCACCUUCGUGACAUCUUACGUGUCCUACACGAAAAACAAAAGGUGCUCAAACCCUAACGAUACAAACCUAAUAGCUAUCGUUGCUGCAAAACACGAAUCCCAUGUUCAAGCAACUGUGCUCUGCGCAAAGUCCAACGGAGUCCAGAUCCGAACCCGUAGCGGUGGUCACGACUUGGAUGGCCUCUCCCACGUCUCCUCUAUACCUUUUAUCAUUCUCGAUAUGCACAAUCUCAGGUCUAUAACCAUUGACGUGACCAACAAGAAAGCUUGGCUUCAAGCAGGUGCCAUCUUGGGAGAGCUCUACACCAAAAUCGCUGAAAAGAGCAAAACGCUAGCGUUUCCAGCUGGUAUUUGCCCAACGGUUGGAGCAGGAGGACACAUCAGUGGUGGAGGAUACGGUAAUCUCAUUAGAAAACACGGUCUUUCGGUUGAUCAUGUCGUUGAUGCUCAACUAGUUGAUGUCAACGGAAAGAUCUUGAACCGUGCCUCCAUGGGAGAAGAUCUGUUUUGGGCGAUCAGAGGCGGUGGAGGUGCGAGCUUUGGUGUUAUUCUCUCGUAUACAAUCAACCUAGUUGAGAUUCCAGAGACUAUAACGGUGUUUAAAGUCAACAAAACAUUAGAACAAGGAGGCACUGAUGUUCUGUAUAAAUGGCAGCUUGUCUCUAGCAAGUUGCCUAGAGAGCUUUUCUUGAGAGCAAUGCCUGAUAUCACAAUCGUAGCGAAAUCUAAAACCAUCGCGGUUAAGUUCUACGCUCAGUUCUUAGGCUCAGCCAAUAAACUAAUGAAGAUUAUAAACAAGAAGUUACCUGAACUAGGGCUAAAACGUGAAGAUUGCUACGAGAUGAGCUGGCUUAACACGACGAUGUUUUGGAUGAACUAUCCGGUUGGUACACCAAUGAGCAUUCUUCUGGAGAGACCAUCGGAUCCACCAGGACAAUUCUACAAGGGCAAAUCGGAUUACGUCAAGAAACCGAUACCAAAAGAAGGUAUGGAGAAGAUGUGGAAAACAAUGUUGAAGUUCAACAAUGUGUGGAUGCAAUGGAACCCUUACGGUGGCGUGAUGGACACGAUUCCGGCAAAUGCAACGGCGUUUCCUCACAGGAAAGGGAACUUGUUCAAGAUUCAGUACUUUGCGUUAUGGAAGGAUGCAAAUGCUACGGAUGUUAAUCUAGGUUUGAUGAGAGAACUCUAUGGUGUGGCGGAGCCGUACGUGUCAAGUAACCCGAGAGAGGCGUUUUUGAAUUAUAGAGAUGUGGAUGUUGGGAGCAAUCCUAGUGGAGAGACGAGUGUUGAAGAAGCUAAGAUCUAUGGAUCCAAGUAUUUUGUUGGGAAUUUGAAGAGGUUGAUGGAUGUUAAGGCUAAGUGUGAUCCUGAUAAUUUUUUUAGGUACGAGCAGAGUAUUCCUCCUCUUCUUGCAAUGUAA